AUGUUUCGCUCACCUCCACCUCCUCCAACCGUGCGACGACAGAGAGAAAUUCUCCGCAGACUUCUUUCUUCUUCUUCUUCGCGCAGAAGUAGCCACCAAUGCCGAUCGUAUUCGUAUUCAUCCUCGUCGAAUCCAAAUCCAAAUUCUCGUGAUGGUUUCUCCACCGGUUUCCAACGCUAUUUCGGUUUCGGUUUAUCCGCGUUAACUCUGUACGCGUUCAAUUUAGCCAUCGACGAUUUACUCUUGUACGAAAAAGCGAAGUCAGUCGCGAUGCCAAAGCUGGAAAAGAGCCAGAGAGUGUUGAACGUCGUCGCUUUGAAUAGAAAUGACGACGACGGCGUUCGUUUAGAAACUGAUUUUUGGUACAACGCGUCGUGUAACAAACGAGGCGAGAACGUGCGAGUGGUCGCGUUCAUAGCGGACGGAAAGAAGGCGAGUUGCGACGUGAAAGUGGUGAUGAUGCGGAAAUUCGAACACAAAGGAAUAGCGAGUAAUAGUACAGAGAAGAAGAUCAAGAAGAUCAAGAAGGAGGGAGAGACGGAUGAUAGCACGAGUAACGAAAACGAAGACAAAGACGACGCGGCGAGAGCGAAACCGUACCAAUCCGCGUGGUUGCGUUCGCCUCUGAAAUAUCUGCCAGAGUCUGUCAAAAACGCAGUGGCGAUGGACCAAAUCUGGGAGAUUGUAGAAGUGAGCGCGACGUUACCGAACGAGCAAGGGAUGGGCGUGCCUGGACAGGUGGAUUUGCUCAAGAAAGAGAAGCAGUGGAAACAUACGAGUAAAAAGAAGAAGAGGUGA